AUGGAUAGCUUGGAAUUCCGUCUCACUAUCAAUCGACAAAUCCCUUAUACUCGCUCAACACAUUUCGACCGAAUCAAGCAUACUCUCUAUGCGAUUGUUCCAAAUCAUCCACCGGCCUAUCACAUAUGUAGUUCCAGACGGCCGAACGGCACAGUCUUACCGAGAUUGAGGUGGAAACAGCAGAAGAUCAUCCAUCAUCCUAUAUCAAGUUCACCCAUCUUGGUGAUGUCGGCUGAGAACGUACAUGUUUACGGACCGAAAUCGUAUCUCGCUCAGGUCAGUACUUCAAGUUGGUCCGAACAGAGCAGGAUAUCAAGUAUCGGGGUGGAUGUCUCACUGAGAUCCGAAGAGCAGCAUGCGACAUUGGGCUCACCAUACACUAUUUACCUUACUCUCCGCAACCUGCCUCCUAAUCUUACUUUGCAUGGUUGGGACGUAGUACUUUGUCAGUUGACCCAGCCGGUAAAGCCGAAUGAAGGUAAUGUAGUUUUCAAGGAUCUUUGGAGAGGAAGUGAAGCUCUUACGGGAGAUGGGGAUCCGCCGACAUUAUCGCCAGAUUCGACAUUCGCAACCACCCUGCACAUACGACUACCGUCUCCAGUCAUAGGCGGUUUACCAUCUUGCACUGACGGAACGGAAUACGCAUCAAUACAGCAUUCGCUAUCGAUUUCGCUUCAUUACUCUAUCCUAGGGGAAGAUAUGAAUGGUGAUGAAUUAGGUGGACCGCUUAACAAAGCCGAAGGCGCUGUAAGGUCAUGGAUAUAUGAAAGACCCAUACAUGUAUUAUCGGACUUGCAUGGACUGGCCGAAGCACCCUCGCCUGUAUACUCCACCUCUUCCCCUAAUCCAAAUGAGGCUCUCCCGGGCGACUCCUCAGAUAUGGCUGAGACCUUCAAAAUACCUCAUAUGGUCUCCAUGGCUAAGUCGAGAACAGGCUUCAUGCGACCUGCGGGGGUGGAUAUGGAAAGGCUAAAGAUGAAGAUACAGGACCAUUGGAUACAGACUGCAGGACUUUGUACAUGUUUUGGUGAAUCGGGUCAUCAAGAUUUCAAAGCUUCGCUGGAGGAUGAAUUGGAUGCGAGUUCGAGAGCUGUCAAAAUGGUGAAUCAAGACAGGUGA